UUACCUCCCGCGGCCUCCUCCCUCCCUAUAAAGCCGGCCGUGGAGGCGAGGCUGCAGCCGGGGACGGGAGGCCAUCCCAGGAGAGGGGCAGAGGCGGCGGCGAGGGCGGCGGGGACGGCGCGCACACCCGGCUUCCCAUGGAGGCGCCCGCGCCGGGCCCCGGGCUGGUGGAGCGCCUGGCGCAGCUGGCGACGUGUCCGCUGUGCGGGGGCCCCUUCGAGGACCCCGUGCUGCUGGCCUGCGAGCACAGCUUCUGCCGCGCGUGCCUGGCCCGCCGCUGGGGGGCCCCGCCGGCGCCCGGCCCCGAGGCGCCCCCCGCCUGCCCCCGCUGCGGCCAGCCCUGCCCGCGCCGCAGCCUGCGGUCCCACGUGCGCCUGGCCGUGGAGGUGCGCAUCAGCCGCGGGCUGCGGGAGCGGCUGGCCGAGCCGGGGGCCCGCGCCCGGAGGCGCCGCGGCGGCCGCAUCCCCACCAUGGGCAGCCUGGACCCGCCGGGAGAGGACAUGAGGGAGACAUGGAGAAGACUUGGUGCCCCCACACCCAAGUCACCCCACUCCGAGGACGAGCUCCCCGAGGACUACCCGGUGGUCAGAAACAUGCUGCACAGGCUGGCGGCCGACCUGACCCUGGACCCUAGCACUGCCCACCGCCGCCUGCUCAUCUCCGCUGACCGCCGCAGCGUCCGGCUGGCCCCGCCAGGGACGCCAGAGCCCCCUGACGGCCCAGCCCGCUUCGAUCAGCUCCCGGCGGUGCUGGGCGAGCAGGGCUUCGGGGCGGGCCGCCACUGCUGGGAGGUGGAGACCGCGGACCCCGCCUCGGGCGGCGCCCCUCCCGGGGAGGACGAGGAGGUGGAGAGUCACUACGCCUUAGGUGCGGCUGGGGAGUCGGUGCAACGCAAGGGCCGCGUAGGGCUGUGCCCUGUGGGCUCUGUGUGGGCCGUCGAGGGCCGCGGUGGCCGCCUGUGGGCGCUCACGGCACCCGAGCCCACCCCGCUGGGCGGCACCGGGCCCCCGCCGCGGCGGAUCCGCGUGGACUUGGACUGGGAGCGGGGCCGCGUGGCCUUCUACGACGGCCGCUCGCUGGACCUGCUGUUCGCCUUCCAGGCCCCCGGGCCCCUGGGGCAGCGGGUGUUCCCCCUGCUCUGCACGCGAGACCCGCGCGCUCCGCUGCGCAUCGUGCCGGCGGAGGGCUGAGCCUCCUGCCCGCCCCGCCCGCAGCCAGAGUUCCGAUGAGCACCCUGCCCACCUCCAUUGUAUCUUUUCUCCCACGUAGGGAGACUCAACUGGCCUCGUUUCCACAUCACUCCCAGGGCCCAGUGCAUUGCACCCCUCUUCUUGGGAGCUUCUCCCCACCUGCCCCUCCCCCAUCUGCGCUGCUCCAGGCGCUUCAAAUAUUUCCCCUCCACUUCCGCCUCUGCUGCUCUCAACCCAAGGCCCAGCACCCCCCCCCCACCCCCCCACUUUCCUGCCCGUCCAUUCUCGGGCAUCUCCAGGGGAGCAGACCUCCUCCUGGACGCGGAGGCCGGGCUCUGCCUUGGGGUUCUCUAGGAAGCUUAAUGUCAACGUUGUUUUUCUUUUUUUUCGGGGGGGGGGGGUGGCGCGGGGCUACUCCACGGUGACUGCUUCCCACGGUCAGCCUUUUCCCAUGACGAGCCUUCUCUAAACUGCCCCCGUGAGAAACCGCCAGCAAGGCCCUAGCCGGUGUGGCUCUGUGGAGAGCGUUGGCCUGCGAACUGAAGGGUCCCAGGUUCGAUUCCGCCAAGGACACAAGUUCCCCAGUAGGGGAUGUGUAAAAGGCAGCCCAUCAAUGACUCUUUCUCAUCACUGAUGUUUCAAUCUCUCUCCCUCUUCCUCUCUGAAAAAAAAAUUAAAAAAGAAAAGAAACUGACAGUACUACCUCUCCUUUCCUCAACCUGGGGUGGCCCAGACACCCUAAGGCAUCCUUGUGUAGCCUCACACCUAUCUUCCCCCUCAUGUAUAAAUGGGCCCAUAUUUAACACAUUUGAGAUGUUGGGUUAUUUAUUUUGUGCAUCUGUGGCAAUAAACGAGAUCUCCGUG